ACAAGCGACUGACAUGGUUGCAGCGAUGUUCGACCGACCCGUCGCCUUCCCCGACCAGGUUGCGGGACCAUCACAGAAACCUUAUGCAAUUGUGGUGGUGCCCGAACCCGACCAGGUCGCAGAAUUGCCCGACCCAGUCGUGGCACCACCCGACCAAGCUGCUGCCACGCUGCCCUUACAACCAGCCAUUCCACCUGUCGAUGAGGUUCCUCCUAUUGCUCCUCAACCAGUCCAACCGAUCCCACCGCCUCACGACAUAGAGGAGAUUUCCUCCUCGAAGUCAGGCGAGGCUUCGGUCAAUUUUGCCCCAAGGGGUUCGGGAAUGGAGCUGGCCGUCGCUCACCGUCUCCAACCGGGAGACGAGUCGGUUGCUGGCCCGACAAUUUGCCAUGGUGCUUCCACGGCGUUCCGAUUCAUGGCCUCUUCUGAAGCCACGGCAGCCUUAAAUCAGGCUGCCCAAGAGAUGAAUAUUUUGGCCCGAGUGAACCUUCCGACUCCCGUCAGAUCUAUCGUGGAAUGCUGCGCCGACCUGUCUUUUGCCGACCUAAGUUUAGCCGACCUCGAGGCUCUAGUCCAGGUCGCAAUAACCUUGUUGGUACAGCCCAUACUGGAAUCAGAAGCUUCCCCCGUCCUUGAUCGGAUGAUGGCCAGGAUUACUGAACUUCAAGCCGAACUGCCCUUGAUCCGCCCCCAUCAUCCGAGGCCAUGUCAUCUCAACCGACUGCUGAUCCAGCCAGUCUUGAGGCAAACUUGAAGAAGGUCGAUCAAGACCUUAACCUUGCCAAGGCCAAGCUGAACGAACUCUGACAAGCGCGGCACACGUUAGUGGCUGAGAUCUCCCAAAAAAUGGAAGAACUUAGACGCCUCCAAGAACAGCUGAAGUCCCUGGAUGAUAGCAUUUAAGAAGGGAAUCGUCUAGUGGAGGCACAUUGCCAUACUCAGACGAGUCUCUGCGAGAAACUUCAAACAACUAUACAAACGAGACUCGUCCGGAGACACCAGGAAGCCUAUCAGCAUCGGUGGGCCACAAAGUUGGAGCUAAAGUGGACCGAUCUCCAAACUGCUCUAAAGGCCCUGUUUUCUAUGUAACCCCGAUGUAAUUUGUAUAGAA